UGAACGGCGAAAUCAAUCGUCCGAUCGGGCAAUCGAGCGAUCUAGCUAUUUCGAGAUUUUGAAGCAAAAAUCACGAACAUUUCGCGAUUCUUGAGGUGAAAGAAAUCGACGGUUGUGGCCGCCGCCGUUAUCGGGUGACCACCGGAAGAUGUCGGGCGGUCGCGUUCCUGACAGCGAGCGCCUCCUGAUGGAAAGCAUAAGAGCGCUCGAGGAGGAGCAGUUGGAGGUAGAGGAAGUGGACGACGACUCUCGGCCUUCUUCGUCUGGUGACUCGAGUGAAGGGCAUGGCAAUGCAGGGACAGGGCCAUAUGGUGCGGUUACCUUUGACACUGGCCUGGUUUCUCUACACACGUACCUUGGUGAAGUCGAAGAUAUGCAUCACAAGGUGGUUGUCCUGGAUGGUGGUGCCAUUGUUGAUUUGCCUGUCUUCUACCUUGAAGGCAUUGUCCUUUUCCCAGAAACAACUAUUCCUUUUAAAGUGAUUCAACCCAGAUUGGUCGCUGCUAUAGAGAGAGCAAUGAAGCAGGUUGAUGCUCCUUGUGUAAUUGCUGUGGUUCAUUAUCAUCGAUCACAGUCUGACGGACUCCAAUUUGCAUUGGUUGGGACAACUGCAGAGAUUAGGCAGUAUCGUCGCUUGGAGGAUGGUUCAUUAAACAUCAUUGCCCGUGGCCAGCAAAGAUUUCAUGUUCUAAAAAGUUGGAUUGAUGCAGAAGGAGCACCUUGUGCACAGGUUGAAAUUAUCAAGGAAGAAGCACCACUCGGAGCCCCAAAAGAUGCAUUUGGAGAAUUGGCCUCUAUUAUUAACUUCAGAAGUGGCAGUUCACAUGUGGUGCACUCAAACUCUCCUUCAAGCAGUGCUGAAAGUUCUUAUGAUAGUUCCCAAAUUAUUGACAGUGGUAAUUCAAAGAAAAGGGUGAUUAUGCCCCAAUCUCCAAUCAGCUAUUCGAGUGAACCUGAAAGGGCUGACGAAUCGACCGGUGAAAGCAGUGAUGAGUCUCAUACAGUGUGGUUCCAUGGAUCAGACAGACAUUGUCUGAUUAGUCCUGGGAGAUCAGUUAUGCAUCCUUUAGAUGGUGGACAGAGCGACUGUGGUAGCUUUGAGCUGGAGUCCAGGUUGGGUUCCACAGCUUCUGAUCUACAACUCUCUCCUGGAAAAUCACCUGCAAAUGGCAGAUGUACAACUACUCGAAGUGCCUGGGCACUAGAUGAAUCUAAGUGGUUAUGUAGAGCUCAAAAAUCUUUCUGGCCUCAUUGGGUGUACCGGAUGUAUGAUGCAUUUGUUCUUGCACGAAGGGCUGCAGACUUGUGGAGGGAAAUAAUUGGGCAACCUAACAUUGAUGGCUUUGUAAGAAGACCUGAUUUCUUGUCAUUUUUUAUCGCAAGCAAAAUUCCUGUAUCAGACAAAAUAAGGCAGGAGUUACUUGAGAUAGAUCGCAUUUCCUACAGAUUUCAAAGAGAAAUGCAACUGUUGGAGUGCCUUGAUCGUGUUCGCUGUAAACAUUGCAUGACUGUGAUCGCAAGGCGCAGAGAUAUGGUUGUAAUGUCCAGUGAUGGACCCUUGAAUGCAUUUGUUAAUCCGUAUGGCCAUGUGCAUGAAAUCAUGACCCUCAACAAUGCAAAAGGGCUUGCACUCCUUGAUGGCCCUGUUACUCAGCACAGUUGGUUUCCAGGAUAUGCCUGGACCAUUGCCAACUGUGCUACCUGCGAUUCUAAUAUGGGUUGGCUAUUCACUGCAACAAACAAGAGGUUGCAGCCAAGAUCUUUCUGGGGCAUAAGGAGCUUGCAAGUUUCUGAUGAUCUGCAAUAAAAGCUCUUUGUAUAUGCAAAUAUCUCAUCGCAGCCUUUGUACAGUACGGAAGAAGGUAGGAUUCAAUUUUAUGGCGAUGAAGAGAGAGAGAGAGAGGGUUUGUGUUGUACUAUAUUGAGUAUGUUGCCUUCACCUUGUUUCAAUAUCUUACGUCUCAAUCUUAAAAAAUAUAUUUUCUGUGGAUGAAGUUCUCUGAAUGGUUUUACCUCAUCCCAGCUGCUCUGGCUCUUAGCCGCUUCAAAUUUCACCCCUUAUAAGAUACAAUUAUAUAUUUAUUUUUUGGGUCGUC